AUGGGUGUCGUGCUGCGGACUCUGUUGUUCAGUAGUUUUUGUUUUCUCAUACGAGCCGUGCCUUUGCUGCUAUAUGCCAACAGGCGGGACCUCCGGGUUGUGGAUGUGGCACAUGAGAAGGCCAACGCCACAUUGGUAGUUGGAGGGCUGGAAGAUGCUGCUGCAGUGGACUAUGUCUUCUCAAAGGGUUUUAUCUAUUGGAGCGAUGUCAGUGAGGAGGCCAUUAAACGUACGGUCUACAACCAGUCUGGGGCCAGUGUGGUGCAGACGGUUAUAGCAGGCUUGGCCUCCCCAGAUGGACUCGCUUGUGAUUGGUUAGGGAAUAAACUUUACUGGACAGACUCGGAAACCAAUCGAGUUGAGGUGUCAGAACUGGAUGGAUCGCUGAGAAAAGUCUUAUUUUGGCAAGAACUGGAUCAACCUCGGGCCAUCGCUCUCGACCCAGCGCGAGGAUACAUGUACUGGACUGAUUGGGGAGAGAUCCCCAAAAUUGAGAGGGCAGGGAUGGAUGGAACCAAUCGUUCAAUAAUUAUUGAUAAAGAAAUAUUUUGGCCCAAUGGCCUUACUCUGGAUUACAGUCAGGAGAAAUUGUACUGGGCUGAUGCUAAACACAACUUUAUCCAUCGCUCCAAUCUUGACGGCUCCUUCAGAGAGGUGGUGGUCAAAGGAGACCUUCCUCAUCCGUUUGCCCUAACACUCUUUGAGGACACAUUAUUCUGGACUGACUGGAACACACACUCCAUUCACUCUUGCAGGAAACAGACAGGUGGCGAACAGCGAAUUGUUCAUUCAAACAUUUUCUCUCCUAUGGACAUUCAUGUCUUCAGCCCCAAAAGACAACCUGUUGUGCCAUCGCCUUGUUCUGUAAACAAUGGAGGCUGUUCCCACCUCUGUCUGCUGUCUCCGACUAAGCCCUUCUAUCAAUGCGCCUGUCCUACUGGAGUCCAGCUUCUUGAAGAUGGGACGACUUGUAGAAAUGGUGCCACUCAGAUGUUGCUGUUGGCCCGGAGGACAGAUUUGCGGCGCAUCUCUCUGGACAUGCCCGACUUUACAGACAUCAUAAUGCAGGUGGAUGAUAUUCGUCACGCCAUUGCCAUUGAUUAUGAUCCCGUCGAAGGAUACAUCUACUGGACAGAUGACGAUGUCCGGGCCAUUCGCCGCUCUCUACUGGAUGGCAGUGAGGCUGAGUUUGUGGUCACGUCUCAAGUCAGUCAUCCUGAUGGUAUCGCAGUGGACUGGAUUGCACGGAAUCUGUACUGGACUGACACUGGGACCGACCGCAUUGAGGUGACCAGGCUCAAUGGGACCAUGCGCAAAAUCCUCAUAGCCGAAGAUUUAGAUGAGCCUCGAGCUAUUGUCCUGGAUCCAGUGGCUGGUUACAUGUAUUGGACCGAUUGGGGUGAAGUGCCGAAGAUUGAGCGUGCUGACUUGGAUGGCCUGGAGCGAGUUGUGAUGGUCAACACAUCAUUGGGCUGGCCCAAUGGUCUCGCCCUUGAUUAUGCAGACCGUAAAAUCUACUGGGGAGAUGCCAAGACCGAUAAGAUUGAGGUUAUGAACAUGGAUGGAACGAACAGGCGAGUGUUGGUGGAGGAUAAACUUCCUCACAUCUUUGGUUUUACGUUACUCGGUGAUUACAUCUACUGGACGGACUGGCAGCGGCGGAGCAUUGAGCGUGUUCAUAAGCGCACUGCAGAGCGCGAGUUCAUCAUUGACCAGCUUCCGGACUUGAUGGGCCUCAAAGCCACUUAUGUGCAUGAAUCCUUUGGGACAAACCCAUGUGCUGACAAUAAUGGAGACUGCAGUCAUCUCUGCCUGUACAAGCCUCGAGCUUUCCUACUGUUCUCUCGUCAUACUGAUAUCCGCCGUAUUUCUCUGGAGACCAACAACAACAAUGUUGCAAUUCCACUCUCUGGGGUCAAAGAGGCUUCAGCUCUUGACUUCGACAUCACUGACAAUCGUAUCUACUGGACUGAUAUCACAUUGAAGACAAUCAGUCGAGCAUUUAUGAAUGGCAGCGCUCUGGAACAUGUGGUGGAGUUUGGACUGGACUAUCCAGAGGGAAUGGCUGUCGAUUGGCUGGGAAAGAACCUGUACUGGGCAGAUACUGGCACUAAUCGUAUUGAGGUGGCCAAAUUAGAUGGACAACACCGCCAAGUCCUGGUCUGGAAGGAUCUGGACAGCCCUCGAGCUUUAGCUCUGGACCCUGCUGAAGGCUACAUGUACUGGACAGAGUGGGGUGGAAAGCCGAAAAUUGAUAGGGCAGCUAUGGAUGGCACAGGUCGCAUCACUUUGGUAGCUGAUGUAGGCCGAGCAAACGGACUCACUAUUGACUAUGCUGAACGGCGCCUCUACUGGACAGACCUUGAUACUACAUUGAUUGAGUCAUCCAACAUGCUGGGUCAGGACCGUGAGGUGAUUGCAGAUGACCUCCCUCACCCCUUUGGGCUCACACAGUACCAGGACUACAUUUACUGGACAGACUGGAGCCAGCGCAGCAUUGAACGUGCCAAUAAGACUAGUGGGCAGAACCGCACCCUGAUCCAGGGCCAUUUGGACUACGUUAUGGACAUCCUGGUGUUCCACUCCUCGCGGCAGGGGGGUUGGAAUGCUUGUGCCUCCACCAAUGGCCACUGCUCCCACCUCUGUCUCGCUGUCCCUGUUAGCAGCUAUGUCUGUGGAUGCCCAGCUCACUUCUCCCUCAACUAUGAUAACAAAACCUGCAGUGCCCCAACAUCCUUUCUACUGUUUAGUCAGAAGAUGGCUAUUAACAGGAUGGUAAUUGAUGAACAGCAGAGUCCAGACAUCAUUCUUCCAAUUCACAAUCUGAGAAAUGUCCGUGCCAUUGAUUACGAUCCGCUCGACAAACACUUGUAUUGGAUCGACUCAAAGCAAAAUGUUAUCCGGCGUUCUCAAGAGGAUGGAAACCAGAGUAUGACAGUGGUGUUCACCUCAAUUGGUGGACCGACUCAAGGCCUACAGCUUUACGACCUGAGCAUCGACAUCUACAGUCGCUUCAUUUACUGGACGAGUGAAGUUACCAACGUUAUCAAUGUCACUCGGACAGAUGGAAGCAGAGUGGGAGUGGUGCUCCGGGGAGAACACGAUAAACCCAGAGCCAUUGUGGUCAACCCUGAGAGAGGAUACAUGUACUUCACAAAUCUGCUGGAACGAUCUCCAAAAAUUGAACGCGCAGCUCUGGAUGGGACGGAGCGGGAAGUGUUGUUCUUCAGCGGAUUAGGAAAACCAGUUGCUUUGUCCAUUGACAAUGAAGUGGGGAAACUGUUUUGGGUGGACUCUGACCUGAGGCGGAUUGAGAGUAGCGACCUAUCUGGUGCAAAUCGGAUCGUGAUUGCAGACUCCAACAUAUUGCAGCCUGUUGGACUGACCGUGUUUGGUGACCAUCUGUACUGGAUAGACAAGCAGCAGCAGAUGAUAGAGCGCAUAGACAAGACCACUCGAGAGGGGCGCACCAAGAUUCAGGCCCGUAUUCCCUAUUUGAGUGACAUCCAUGCUGUCCGCGAGUUGGAUAUGAGAGAGUACAGCAAGCACCCAUGCACAUGGGAUAACGGCGGCUGCUCUCACAUCUGCAUAGUGAAGGGGGAUGGGACGACUCGCUGCUCCUGUCCCAUUCACCUGGUGCUGCUGCAGGAUGAACUCUCCUGUGGAGAGCCUCCCACCUGCUCGCCCGAGCAGUUCUCCUGCACAUCUGGAGAAGUGGACUGUAUCCCACAGGCGUGGCGCUGUGACGGGUUUGCAGAGUGUGAUGACCGCAGCGAUGAGGAUGAUUGUCCGGUGUGUUCAGAGUCUGAGUUUCAGUGUGACAGCCGCCAGUGCAUCGAUAUGAGCCUGCGUUGCAAUGGAGAGAUCAACUGUCAAGAUAGUUCAGAUGAAAACAAGUGUGAAGUGCGCUGUCCCCCUGAUCAGUUCAGCUGUUCAAAUGGCCAGUGUAUCGGGAAACACAAAAAGUGUGAUCAUAACAUGGACUGUACUGACAAUUCAGAUGAAUUUGGCUGCUACCCAACAGAGGAGCCGCCCUCCCCUACAAACAAUACUAUCAGCUCAAUUGUGGGUGUGGUCUUGGCCCUCUUUGUGGUUGGUGCCAUUUACUUUGUGUGCCAGCGCGUCCUCUGUCCGCAGAUGAAGGAUGACAGUGAAACGGUCACAAAUGACUUCGUAGUUCAUGGGCCGUCCUCUGUGCCUCUUGGAUAUGUACCACACCCUGGCUCUCUGACCAGCUCUCUCCCAGGUAUGUCUAGGGGAAAGUCUAUGAUUGGUUCCCUAAGCAUCAUGGGAGGGAGCAGCGGCCCUCCAUAUGACCGUGCACACGUGACUGGUGCGUCUUCCAGCAGUUCCUCGAGCACAAAGGGCACCUACUUUCCCCCGAUCCUGAACCCUCCUCCGUCUCCUGCGACCGUCCGCUCUCAGUACACCAUGGAGUUUGGAUACUCCUCCAACAGUCCCUCCACACACAGGUCCUACAGUUACCGGCCGUACACGUACCGACACUUCGCCCCGCCCACCACCCCCUGCAGCACAGACGUGUGUGACAGCGACUACACACCGGGGCGCCGGAUGCCCUUCAAGUCCGGCGCCGCCACAAAGGGCUACACCAGCGACCUCAACUACGACUCGGAGCCGUUCCCGCCUCCGCCCACGCCGCGCAGCCAGUACCUGUCCGCAGAAGAGAACUGUGAGAGCUGCCCGCCCUCUCCCUUCACCGAGCGGAGCUACUCUCAUCACCUCUACCCCCCUCCGCCCUCACCCUGCACGGACUCCUCCUGA